AUGUCGAAUGAAGCUAAUCAGGAUUCUUCGGCAAAGCCUACAUCGGUUUCUUCUUCAUUGCCAAACUCAACGGACCCUCCAACUUUCAAACAAAUCUAUGCGACAUUGCGCUUUUGCCUAAGAUAUGCAAAUAGUACUGCCAAUAUCUUCAACCGGCUUAUAACGUUGCUGGAGACAACUGACAUAAUCACCAUCACUUCGAUGCUGCCCAAGGAGGAGCUGGAGAGGUUUGUGCCGAUGAUGGCACAGCGUAUGACGCGAAUUCGCAUGGAUAUCGGUGACAUUGGCAAAUUCAAGACACUUUCUCAAGCAGGAGGUGUGUCUGAGUUGCCACUGAUCCGCAGGUGCGAUUUGGUGCCACCCAAGUUGAGGCGGAGUGAUGCCAACAAGUCGGGUCAGUUAAUGAUCUUGGGUCAACUGCUGCCCCGACUCGAGCAUUUGAAUAUGCAGGCUUCCAUUGCGGAUCCGUUUCCGGUCAACUUGAGGCAUCUGCACACAUUAAUUGUACACCAGAGUGUCUACCAAGAGAUGCUGGAUCGCAUCUGCGAUAACUGCCCUCUGCUGCAGCAACUAUAUGUGCGAAACGAGGCACGUCCAAACACUUCCCUGGACAUAGCGCACAUUGUGAAGUGCGAGCAGUUGAGGGACUUGCAGCUUCCGCUGAUGCUGCAUACACCGGUGGCAGUGUGCUACCUGAAGAACUUGAAGACUUUGACAUUGCAGCGCCAGCAGCUUUGGCCGGACAUGGACUGGUUGCCCAUCGUCAGGGACAUAAUCAACGCUAAACGCGACUCGUUACAACGCCUAAGCCUUGAUGGCGCUUGGCUGACCAUACCGCUGGAUCUACAUUUGUUGCAGCUGUACCGCUGCUGGGCACUGAGAGACGUGCUCCUGAGCAACUGCAAGCUGGCAGAUCCAACUGGUCAUGUGAGCCUUCCCCUCAGUUGCCAACGAUUCAGCUUAAUGGAUUGCAGUGUGAGCACUCCGCUCUACUUUCUAAGGAACAGUGCACAGAUGCAGCUGCUCGAGCUUCACAAAUGUCAGUUUGCUAACCGUGGUGGAAAACUGUUAAUGGAACUACUGAAGCAACGACAGCGUCUGCCCAUUUUGAAUCCUCUUCAGCUGCAUUUUAGCGACUCCACACCAUUGCGUUCAGAACUCCUCAGCUGGGACCAAAAACAACGCCAGGCGUGGGAGGAAUGCCUGCAGAUCCGGGAGCUGAAUGACUACAAGAUGAAUUGGAAACAGAAGUUGGCUACGAUUAUCAUGACAUUUGGUGAUCCUGUUAACUAUACUCCCGAUUUGGAUCAACUAAAUGAGUUUUCACAUCUAACUCCUGCCGAGCUCCUAAGAGAUCUUUAG